CCGGGGGAGGGGGGGGGGGGGGGGGGGGAAUUCUUGUCGCCCGUUUGGAGCUUCGGAGGAAAUCAUGCAAGCACUUGUUCCGAAGAGCGUCUUGAUCGUGCGGAUCCCCUUCGGCAGCCCGUUUCACCGGGUCUCGGCGCUCCAUUCCACUCCAAUCACCCUCGCAAAGUGGAAGAGCAAGUGGGAUUCGAAGGCUGAUAAAAGUGGUCCAAAGCCAUCAAAGACAUAUGUGAGAUAUGCAGUUCGCCAAAAGCGUGCUGAAAUAAAGAAAGCUCUAAAAGAUUAUCUUCUUUAUGGAAAACCAUCCAAGCAGAACUGUCAGUAAUUACUUCUUAUCAGUUCGCCAAAAGCGUGCUGAAAUAAAGAAAGCUCUAAAAGAUUAUCUUCUUUAUGGAAAUCCAUCCAAGCAGAACUGUCAGGACAGAGACAUACAUGGGUUCAAUGACACCUCAAUAUCUAGAAAUUUUGGAAAAGCCAAGUUCCACAGUUCAUCGAGCCAUGGAAAAUGCAAUCAUGGCAGCAAAAGAAGCAGGCAGAAAAAGAACAGCUCCUAUGAUGAAGACUAUUACGAUAACCCGGAGACAAUUUAUGAAACUGUCUUUGGUGGACACAGAGGUUUUACCUGGUCAUUUGAGUCGUGGGCGAGGUGUCAUUUUAGCAAGUCAGGAACACAAUUUGAAUGGAAGGACGAAUCUAGAUGGGAAAAAACUCGAAGCAGACUAUGGAGCGAAAGCGAUGACGAGGACAACUUAACUGAUGUAGGCUCACAUUCCCAUAGGGUUGCUCUUGGGUUACCACCAACAGGCCCCCUGAAGUUAGAUGAUGUCAAAAGCGCCUUUCGGAUAUCUGCUUUGAAGUGGCAUCCUGACAAGCAUCAAGGCCCUUCACAGGUUAUGGCAGCUGAGAAAUUCAAGCUAUGUGUCGAUGCAUACAAGUCUAUUUGCAGUGUCCUCAAGGCGACAUAAGCUGGGGGUGUAAUGGAUAUUUUUUAUAGCCACUUCAUUCUUUUCAUUUUUCACAUAUUUUACUUCAGUUCUUUGGAGCUCUUGUUCUCCACUUGAAAUAGAUGUAGAAUUAAUUCUUCAUAAGCUGAAACUUACUUUCAGGUCUGAUAACAUUUACACCCCUUGUUUCUUCCAAAUCUGUACGCUAUAUUGUAUCAGAAUCUCAACCUAACCUAUAUACAAAGCAUGGGCAAUCUGAUGCUCCUGUA